AUGAAUUUUUUCGGGAACAUUUUCUCUGACGAUCAUGAUGGCAGCUUGGGCAAUGGCGACAGUAGGCAGGGUGUCGGAGGGAAGCAAACUCGACUGUACAAGGAGGCCAACAAAAUCGACCUACUGAGGAAAAACGAAUUCUACAAAAGCAUUCUGUCGGAGGCCUUCAACGCCCAGGAGGAAAAUAUUUUGCACCUCGUUCUGAGCCACCCCAUGUCGAGUGUGCUGGACGAGCAGGAUGGGCGCACGGUGAGUGGAAUGAGAGGCGGCAUGAACAGCGGCGUAUCCAACCGUGGGGACAGGUCACCUAAUAACCACAACGACACAGCGUUCAGGACAAACCUAGAGGACGCAAAAAAAAUUCAGGAGUGCACCCAUCAGCUGCUCAUCAACGAAAAGGCAAAAGUAAAAACGGGGAAAGCGAAGAAGAGGAUAUUAUACGAAUAA